AUGUAUUGUUAUCUUCCUCAAAAUGCAGGAUAUGUUAUCUACUCUGCGCUUGGAUCAUUCUUCUGUCCACUGGUCUUAAUGAUCAUCAUAUACGUUAAGAUUUACAAGGCUACCAAGAGAAGACUUCAUGAACGAGCUCAGAAGUCAAAGCUGAAAAAGCUUAAAGCUUCCCGAAAUUUAAGAGCCAUCACACUCGCAAAUCCUGACGAAAAUAGAUCAGAGCAAACACUCAACAGAAGCGUAACGCCGUGCUUGAAGUCCGACAUAGAAACGACAAGCACUGACGUGGAACACUCGGGUCAUUACAAUGCUGGGGCUACUAUUGGUUCAGUUGACGGUAUGGACCGACAGAGUGACGGGAGCGUCAUCACCAAAUUCAUUGCAAACAGACAGAGAAUAUCCCUGACCCAGGAGCGACGGCUCGUACGCACUCUCACCAUCAUAAUGGGAAGCUUCGUCAUAUGCUGGCUUCCAUUUUUAAUCCUGUACGUCAUUCUCCCCUUCUGUUCACCUUGCAAGUACCUCAACAUGAAAGUUUUCGACUUCAUACAAUGGCUGAGCUACGUCAACUCGGCCUUCAACCCUGUCAUCUACACAGUGUUCAACAAGGACUUCCGGGCAGCUAUCCACAAUAUUAUAACGUGUCGGACAUGCUGA